AUCAAACAAGCAAGGGAGCCGUUUCAUAUACAUUUUCCACUUAUUACUACUACUACUAAUAACUUUAUUUACAUGUAACUCAAUAAUAAUGUUACAGACUUAUUGUAAUUACGCCUGAGUGUGUAGGUCGACAAUUAAGCUGUUAUUGAAAAGCAGGUUUAUUUUUCAGGUGCCAGCAGUUAUAUCACUAUGAGUACUGAUGGGUUUAUCUUAGUGAGUAAAAGAAGACGAGCCAAAGUAAAAGGUUCCAGUGUUGCUGUAGAUGAGCCUGUGCUAUUUCAGACUUCUGUGGAAGACACUAUAGCGAGAAUAUUAAAAGCUAAAGAAAAACUGCAGUGCAGCUGUGGAUUUACAGAUUUUGAAGAAACUCUGCAAAAAGUUGAAUAUCAUCUGGAGAUCCAGGUUGAAAAUAAUUACCUUGUUUCUUCAAUUGUGUGCUAUGGAUUAGGUUUACCAUCUUGUAGCUGGAUUGCUUGUUAUCAGACUGGACUUCUAAUAAUCUUAAGAGACUAUUUUAAAGUCCAGGUGGAAGUUUAUGAUCCUGCAUUCACUGAAGUAGAUGUUGAAGUUUUAAAAAAAUUGUGUUUCACAGUAAUAGAAAAUAAUGAGGAAGGAAAACGGAAGAUAAAGAUCCCAACUAUAUUUUAUAUGCCUCACUGUGGAAAAGGGCUUUAUAACAAUCUUUUGUGGACAAAUUGGAAUUAUGAAUGCCUAUCAAAGUGUGUAAUUAUUGGAAACAGUUUUAGCACUAUAAAUGAAAACUUUCCAGGAAGAAUAUUAAGAAAAUAUUAUAAAUUUAUUCUUUUGUCAACUGAAUUUUUUCACGAGUAUCCUGUCAAGGCACUCGUCAAGGAAGACAAUAUCUUCAAUGAUAUUAGCAUUCAUGUUGUUAAAAACAACUUGAAGAAAACAGAGCUUACUCCAGAUUUUUGGUCAGUUGAAAGUGAGCUGGAGUAUGAGAGUGAUGCAGAAUUUAUUCGAGUGAAAUGAUAGUUUUGAUAUAUACAUAUUAAGUAUUAACAUUUAUUUACAGCUUGCAAGGAAGAUGUUAGGAAAGCAGGAAUUUGUGUAUUAUACCAUGGUUGUCUUGAUAAUGUUACUAUGUAAUGUUGUACAAAUUAGUCAUUGCUCAUCUGUAUAUUGUGGUAAAGGUUUUUUCAAAAUAGGAAAUAUGACAGAAUGCCACCCAUGGCUGACAUGUAAGGAGAUCAGGAAAAUGAAUAUGGGUGGUCUUAUUGGUUAUGGAGCUGUUAAACAAAUUUAUAAAUCUCACUGGGGGAAAGAUGUAAUCGCAUAUAAUGUCAUAAAUAAUGUUGAGUACUUAAAUGACUUUAAAGAUGGUUUUGAAAAUUUGAAAAUAUUAGGACCAAGUGAUUUUAUAGUUCAAAUUGUUGGGUUUUGCUUGGAAGACAAUGUUUUCCUAACUGAAUAUCAUCCACUGGGAAAUCUUUUGAAGGCAUUUAGCUCUUUACAUGAAAAAAUAAGCCUGAAAGAUAGGUUUCUGUUUUGUAUUAAGUAUGUUAAAGUCCUUGCAUUUUUACAUGACAGUCCAGCGGGGAAAAGGGUCAUGUGUGAUUCUAGCACACUAAACAAAACUCUAGAACAGUAUUUGGUUACAGCAUCACUAAAUUUGGUGCUAAAUGAUGCUGAUGCAUUGCCUGAAAUUAGGGAACAAGGCAUUGUUUGUGGUCAUAAAGAACUUGAUGGCAGUUUUAUUGCUCCUGAGCAAAAGUGGCCAUACCCAAAAGAGGAAUUUAAAGAAGAAAUGAUGAUACCAUAUAAUGAGAAGUCUGAUAUAUGGAAAAUCAGUGAUGUGUGCAAUUAUUUCAUAGGAAAUUCUGAAGAAAGUAUAGCUUUUAAAUAUCACUUGUACCCCAUUCACUUCAAAUGUCGAAGAAAAAUCCCAAAUCUUAGACCUACUGCAUCUGAGGUAAUACAAUUUUACAACAAGGUGCUGUAUGAGUAUUUUUCAGCUCAUGAUAAUUUUAUUAAAGAAGAUUUAUAGGUUUAUAUUUUGAACAACAUGGUCAAUAAAUAAUUUGCUUUUUG